CGAAAUUCCGUUUUUAUAUUCUCUCUCUCUCUCUCUCUCUCUCUCUCUCUCUCUUCAAAAGUGAGAAAGCGACCAGAGUUCCGUACUUUGGAUGAGAUGUGUUUCGUCUCGCUGUUUCGUCAGUUUCCUCCUUCUUCUUCUUCUUCUACUUACCAUUAGUCUUCUCUCUCUCUCUCUGUCUGAAAACGACUCUCCUCUCUCCUCUGUUCCCCUCCCCAUAUUUCUUCUUCUUCUUCUAUCAUCCUUUCACAAUCUCCAUUUUUCGAGGCUUCAUUGAUUCACGAGAAGACACAAUUCAGUUUUUCUGAUAUAUAUAUAUAUAUUUAAAAAUAUUUUCCCCAUCUCUCUCUCUCUCUCUCGAUCGAUACGUUGCGUAAAACUAAAACCUGAUUCUGUUCUGUUCCUUGUUUCAGACUCUGUCUCUCUUAUACUCUGUUUCUGUUUCUGUUCUGUUCUGUCUUUAAUAAAGUUUCUCUCUUUAAAGACGUUUUAGUUUCCCGAGCUUCACUCUCUCUUGUCGGGAUUUUUCGUCUCAUGAUUCAUCAGAUCUCUGUUUGAAAGAUCCAAAAUCGCCGGAGAAAAUGGGAGGAUUACUGCAUCUCUUCGAUUUCCACAACAACAGUUUCUCCCGGAAAGUUUUCUCUCAUCACAAAAGCCGCGACGAAGAUCUGGAAGCUCCGAGGAAUAGUUUCGAGCUACAAGUCGAUAACUUUCAGACUUACCAUAACGAGAAAGAUAAACCGCAGAAUGAUAAAUUUGAGGAAGAGGAAUGGUACGAGAGAAGUUGUUACCCGAUUGAGGAAUCAAUGAAGAAGAAGAUCAUCGAUGAGCUUUCGAAAAAACAUUCUAACGAUAAACACAACACGCCUAGUCUUGUAGCUAAACUGAUGGGAAUGGAUGCACUUCCUUUGGAUUCUGCUGCUAAGGCAUCCCCUUGGAUCUAUCCUCGUCAGAGUAAACCGGAUCAUCGGUUUGAUAACGACAAAGGAGGAAGAAAAAGUAGAAAAGGGAGGUUGUCUUCCUCGACGGUGACUGCGUUAGAUGUGAUGGAGACACCAAUGCGUCGUGAACAUCCUCAAGAAGAGGAGCUUCAAAGAUUCAGAAGAGAGUUUGAAGCUUGGCAAGCUGAUAAAAGGUUUCAAGAUUGUUCAAGAAUCGUUGAUUCCGGAUGCGUGGUGGCUCGGGAUGAUAAAGAGAGGCUUUUCACUAGAACUAGGAGCUUCGGUCGGGACUUUAACUUGAUAUCGGAUAGAACUGCUCCAACUAGGAUUGUGGUUCUGAGACCUGGUCUUCAGAGAGCGUAUGAUUACGAAGAUUCGUUGACUACUUCUUCAGGGACGACCAUGGAAGGAAGCAGAGGAAGCAGCAUAGAAGAGUUUCUUGAGGAAGUUAAAGAGAGGUUAAAAGGUGAGCUUCAAGGCAAAGCAGCUCUCAAGAGAAGUUCAUCGGUGAGAGGAAGCGGGAUCGAGACUCCUUUUAGCGAAAGACCUUCUCCGAGGUCUGAACCGAUGAGACCAUACGGUACUAGUGAGGUUCAGUGCAAUGCACCAGACUCUCCUACUGAGUUUAUAAGUAGAGAUACUAGAAAACUCUUGGCAGAGAGAUUGAAGAAUGUUUUGAGAAAAGAGAUGAGUCCUUCUGAUGAUUCUAUGAUCAAAUGUAGUAGCCGUUUGCGACCUACCGUGUCGGACGCAGCGAAACAAAUUGAGGAAAUCAAUAUGGAAGACUUGAGAGUUAACAGAGAUGUUCCUAAGAAAGAGUCUUCAUCACCAAGAAAUCUCAAAAGAUCACUAUCUGCUCCAGUCUCAGGGAUGUCGUUUGGUAAGCUUCUGUUAGAGGACCGGCAUGUUUUGACAGGCGCUCAGAUCAUGAGAAAGCACGAGGCUACAAUAACAGAGCGAGAAGAGACAGAAACAGAAACAGAAACAGAACAAGUUGUUGUGGAUCCAAUCAGGAGGAAAGAAAGAUUCAAUCUCAGGAAAAAAGUUUCAAGCUUUAGAUCAACUCUUAGAGGAAGAAUCUUUGGUAAGAAGAUACGUUCAAUGAUCGAAUCAAACAGUUUUGAGGAUGAAUCGAUCAAAGAUUUCGUGACAGGAUCCAAGUUUAACAACUUUUACGAUCGAAAUGAGAAUUCAACAGAAGUGCCUCCAAGUCCUGCAUCAGUCUGCAGCAGUACACCAGACGAGUUCUGGAGAAAUGUAGAUUAUCUCAGCCAAGUUUCAACACCUGACGUGACUGUAUCGGAUGAGAACGGUAUGCCUCAAGUCUUCAGAGACAUCAGUUCCAAUCUAACUGAACUAAGAAGACAGAUAAAUGAGCUUGAAUCCGAUGUACAAGUGCGUACACCAGUGGAUGAAGAACCGAUUCAAGAGAUUGAUGAGACCAUAGUUGAUUUAGGAAAUCCAGACAAAGCAUUUGUGAGAGAUCUUCUUGUGGCUUCUGGUUUAUAUGAAGGUACAUCAGAUAUAUCAUUGUCUAGAUGGGAUCCAUUAGCAAAGCUUAUAAAAAGGUCUGUUCUUGAAGAAACUAAAGAGAAUCUUAAGAAAAGUGAAGAAAAUCAUAACAUAUUGUUUGAUCUUCUGAAUGAAGUGCUCACGGUGGUGCUCGGACCAUUGACAAAGUCAGGGUUCAAGAGAAAACUUAUGAGUUCGUCUGUGUCUGAAUCGACGACUAUACGAGGUAAAUACCUGUUGGAAUCAACAUGGAGGAUCAUGUCCGAGUAUUUAUAUUCUCAGCCAGAGAAACCUUUUUGUUCAUUGGAUGGGAUCAUUGGUUGGGACAUGGAUAGGUUUCCAUGGAGUGGUUUGAUUGGUGAAGAAGUUAAUGUAUUGGGGAGAGAAGUUGAAGGUAUGAUCAUGGCUGAUCUUGUUGAGGAACUUGUUAAAGAUCUAAAAAGGCAAAGAAGCUAAGAACUUAUAAGAUAAGAGUUAAACAUAUCUGAUUGGUUUGGUUUGGUGAAUAUGAAUGGUUUAAUUUUGGUGUGUUCUUUUUGUAAAUAGGGAUUUUUUUUAUGGAGUGUUUUUUUUUUCUUGAAGAAGUGAGUUUCCAUGAUAACUGUAAAUGUUUUCCUGCAGUACAAGGAAGCUAAGUUCUUCUGAUUGCUACAUAAA